GUGCCAACUUUACUUGCUUUUCCUUGUCCGACUCAAAACUUUGUAUCAAUCGCUUCGCUUGUGUUGUGGCGAACCAACCAAGGAAAAUACUCCAUAAAUUUGUUGAAAAGGAACCUGCAUACGGUUCUAAACUUGCAGGUGAACAAAGACAAUAGCGAGUAUGGUCUUCGGGAGAGAAAUGGUAGCGUCAACGGUGGUCAACACGUAUCCACUCUCUAGCUAUACCUUCGGGACGAAGGAGCCAAAGAUGGAGAAGGACACCUCUGUGGCCGAUCGUCUUGCUCGAAUGAAAGUCAACUAUAUGAAGGAGGGUAUGAGGACCAGUGUUGAAGGGAUUUUACUGGUCCAGGAACAUAAUCAUCCUCACAUACUUCUUCUUCAAAUUGGGAAUACAUUCUGCAAACUUCCUGGGGGACGACUGAAGCCAGGAGAAAAUGAAAUUGAGGGCUUGAGAAGAAAGCUAACUAGCAAGCUUGGAGCUAAUUCUCCAGGUCUUGUGCCAGACUGGCAGAUUGGUGAAUGUGUGGCCAUCUGGUGGCGACCAAACUUUGAGACAAUCAUGUAUCCUUAUUGCCCUCCCCACAUCACAAAACCCAAGGAGUGUAAGAAGCUUUUUGUAGUUCAUCUGGCUGAGAAGGAGUACUUUGCGGUGCCCAAAAAUUUGAAACUCCUUGCUGUACCAUUGUUUGAACUCUAUGAUAAUGUUCAGAGAUAUGGACCUGUUAUAUCAACCAUUCCUCAGCAACUUUCUAGAUUCCAGUUCAACAUGAUUAGUUCAUGAGCUUCCAGUGUGGAUUUCAAGAGCACACUAAUGGACGAUAUUCUGAUUGAUUCCAAGAACUAUACCGUAAUAUGUUUCAACAACUUAUACCUGGAUGGUGGUGCUUCCUAGCUGAUAUCUUUAAGUUUGGUCAGUAUGACUUCAUUGCACAUGACUGAAAAAAUUUUGAAUGCAACAUUAAGUCAUCAUGUUGGAAUUAAUUGGAUCUAGAUUCUUUACUGUUCAAAGCCUAUGAUUAUCGUGUAUCGUAGCUGUAUUAAUUCUGUCUUAGAUGCUUAAAUUCAGAAGUUGCGAAGCACAAGUAUUGCAAAGGCUAUUUUUGUGAGAAUUAAUCACUUGAAAUAUGUUAUAUCUUCCCCCAGAAUUCUAGGCGAUAUUCUUUAUGCCCA